AUGGGAAGGAAGAAGAAUUCGCUCUUGUGGGCGCUCCAGCUCCUUGCAUUUCUGGCGCUCGUCUCCGGCGAUCAGGACGGCCAGCGCUUGUCGAUCAUCGAUUCAGGUUCUAGGGUUCUAGACGGGGGAGAUGCCGCCAAGAUCGAGUGCCCGGUGAGCUGCCUGCGUGCGGAUCCAGUGUGUGGGGCGAACGGCGUGACGUAUUGGUGUGGCUCUCGCGAUGCCGCUUGCGACGGCGUGGAGAUCUCGCACACCGGCUACUGUAGCCCUGGAAAUGGAGGAGGUUUGGGAAAGGGCGCCAUGGCCGGGCGGGCUUUACUUCUCGUCCAUCUUGUGUGGCUGAUGCUCGCUGGAGUGCUGGUUCUCUUUGGGAUUCCUUGA